CUAAUUGUUAGCUGUGCUUGGGCCUUGCCAUGCUUAUUACGCUAUAUUUCAGUCUAGACAUAAAGCUACACAAAUCCUAAAUGAAUCACUGUGUGGGCUGUUGUCCAUGGGAAUGGAUGACCCUGGACCAUCGAAACCCCUGAAAGGUAUUCUCAAGGGCACAUCCCGUCAGCAAGAGCCCACUGUGCACCAAAUGGACUGUCCGAUGAGCGCAUCUUCGGCUGGCCUACCUCAGACCAACCUGCAGAGCAGCAGUGGUACUGAUGUCGCUAAUGCACAGGGUCGACCGCUGAAAGGCAUCCUUCGAAAUAAUCUCAGUGACAGUGUGUCUGACUCGAACGGGAAGAAGCGUCGAAAGCAGCAAAGAUGGGAUGAAGGAAAUAUUCUUGCCACCAGCUGCCACUCAUGGCUGAAGACUGCUGCUGGCUGCAGAGACUCCAAAAGUGGACCAUAUCUCUGCAGCAUAACCAUGUUGGAUGACGAAUUUGAAGAGGACAGGUGCCUGUGCAAAAGAAGACCCAUUCUCCACCUGAAUCAAGACCAGGCCUGUAAACAGGGUGUGUUUGUCAAUGAUAAUCUCAUACUGCACAGGAAGAAGUCUCAGAGUUGGGAUGAAAUAAGUAUCUUGGAGACCCAGCAUCCCAGCACGCAAGAUACCUCCUCCACACAGCCCUGCCACUGGGGCAUAGGGAACAGGACUUGUGUUGCUGAUGGUGUUAAAGAGGACUGCAGGAGUAUUGAGUGCUUUCCUGAACCGCAGCCUAUGAGCCCUCAACCAGACCCAGAGCCUCAGGCCGAAGAGUCACUUGAGCACCCCAAGCCACUGGACCAGGUGCAAGUCAUGGACACCUCACCUGUAGGCAUGCAUCUCUCACUGGAGGCUGUCUCAAAGGCAGAGGGGCUGGAGGAGGACAGCACAGACAAAGUGAUAGGUCAUGACGAGAGCACACACUUUGAGGAGCUGAGGAAAGCAUACAUCAGGGAGAGCCGUCAGGUUCUGUUGGAUAAGGCCUUUCAGGCGAGAUGCAGCGAUGAGGAUGAAAAUGACGAAGAGGCGGAAAAUGGAACAUUUCCUGCCACAGCUGCCGACUCUGCUGAUGCUGCACACACUGAUGCCAGUGAAUGGAGUGGCCAGACAAGCUAAAAAAUCCAGACAGAAACAGGGACUGAAAAGCAAUGAUCUCUCCAGAUAACAGCUCAUUCUAUGAUGCCUCAAAAGAUAUGUAAACUAAAAAUGGAGGAUUAUUCUGUGACAACUUUUCAACUUUCUCCACUUUCAACUUCAUCAGAAAAGCAACCUCUCAAUGGACUUUGAGUAGAUAUAAACAAUGAUCACAAUA